AAGAACCGCCAAAUCUAGCAGAAAGAUCACAGAAAUCAAUUCACAAAUUCUCCAAAUUGGUUUUUUAUUUUCAAAGUUAUUUACAUCCAUGGAGAAGGUCUCAUCGCUGUCGGAGCUCGGCCUGGCGACUGACAUCCACCGUUCCCUGUUCCGCCCCAUCCACCAUGCGGCGCCGCCCUCCCCCACCAAGCGGCGCACCAAGAUCUCCGUCGUGGGAGCUGGUAAUGUCGGCAUGGCGAUCGCUCAGACCAUCCUCACCCAGGACCUCGCCGACGAGCUCGCGCUCGUCGACGCGAAGCCCGACCUUCUCCGCGGCGAGAUGCUGGACCUGCAGCACGCCGCCGCCUUCCUCCCCCGCACCCGCAUCCUCGCCUCCACCGACUACGCCGUCACCGCCGACUCCGACCUCUGCAUCGUCACGGCCGGGGCCCGGCAGGUGCCGGGCGAGACGCGGCUCGACCUGCUUCACCGCAACGUGGCGCUCUUCCGGCUGAUCGUGCCGCCGCUGGCGAGGCACUCGCCGGCGGCGCUGCUUCUGGUGGUGUCGAACCCGGUGGACGUGCUGACGUACAUCGCGUGGAAGCUGUCGGGGUUCCCGCCCAACCGGGUUAUCGGAUCGGGUACCAACCUCGAUUCCUCUCGCUUCCGCUUCCUCCUCGCCGACCACCUUGAAGUCAACGCUCAAGACGUGCAGGCGUACAUGGUGGGGGAGCACGGCGACAGCUCGGUGGCGCUGUGGUCGAGCAUCAGCGUCGGCGGCGUUCCGGUGCUGGGUCAGCUGGCGAGCGACGACAACAAGGCGGCGGUGGUGAUGGAGCAGGAAGUGCUGGAGCGGAUCCGGAAGGCAGUGGUGGACAGUGCGUACGAGGUUAUCCGGCUCAAGGGCUACACCUCCUGGGCCAUCGGCUACUCCGUCGCCAGCCUCGCCCGCUCCCUCCUCCGCGACCAGCAUCGCAUCCACCCCGUCUCCCUCCUCGCCGCCGGCUUCUACGGCAUCCCCCGCGACCGCCAGGUCUUCCUCAGCCUUCCCGCCCAGAUCGGCCGCUCCGGCAUCCUCACCGUUGCCAACCUCCAUCUCACCGACGAGGAGGCCGCCUGCCUCCAGCGCUCCGCCGAGACGCUCUGGGAGCUCCAGCAGAAGCUCGAACUUUGAGGAACUCAAAUAAUCUCCCAAGAAAUUAUACUGUUUAACGUCCUAUUAAAAAAAAUCGUUAUAAUAUAUCGUAGUUAAUUAGUAUUAAUACGAUAGUCCCGGAGUUGUUCCGCCAUUGAUGCGGUAUCGGAUGGUCAAUCAAAAAUAUCAAACCAGGGGUUGACCGUAA